AUGUCCAAACGCGUUAUCGACCCGCGAUCAAUGCAUCCCCGUCCCGCCCGUCCAGUCCGUCCAGCGCAGGGACAGGUGGAUAUCCGGCAGACAAAAGAGUACAAAGCUGCUGCGAGGAAAUGGACAUCUGUGAUUGUUGCGCUGCCUAUUGUUUUCGUGACGAGUUAUAUGUUAUUCGAGCGGACGUACGGGAGUAAAAGCCAGAAACAUCUGCAGGAGAGAUGA